AUGGCAUCCCUCACAUAUAUGCAGCCUCUAAUUUCCCCAAAAUCAGUCAACCAAAAUAAUAAAAAUAAAGGGAAAAGGCCCCUAACGGUAGUGGCCGCCGCCGGAGAUGUUUCGGCCGCCGGAACAACUUAUCUGAUCGCAGGAGCUGCUGCAGUGGCGUUGCUCGGAACUGCUUUCCCUAUCCUUUUCUCCCGCAAGGACUUGUGCCCCGAAUGUGAUGGGGCCGGAUUUGUAAGGAAAUCCGGGUCGGCUUUGAGGGCAAAUGCGGCAAGAAAAGACCAGGCACAGAUCGUGUGUCCACGGUGCAAUGGUCUCGGCAAGCUCGGCCAAAUUGACAAAUAG